AUGGGCGCCCCCCCACAGUUGCUCUUGGAUGCCCCGCUUCCAGUAUCAUCGUCCAUGGUGACCGACAGCGGCACAUACACCGUGUCGACGGUCUUUGACGCAUCGCCGGUCAACUGGGUUCUCAGUGCUGGUCUUUUGCGCGAGCCGAGCGCCUUUCUUCUUGUUGGCACCGACUUUGGCCUGUUUGCGGCUAAUGGGUCUACAAACAUCUCACUUGCUGAAGAUGCGGGUCUCGGGCUGCCGUUCGCGCUGGCCGUGGACGUCAAUAAUACUGUUCUGCUGGCGGACCCGACGUCGGAUCGUGUCGUGUCCCGUCUUAACAGCCUGGCGCCAGUACCCACCACAGACACGAGCGUAUACGCAACGCUGCACAACGUAAACGUCUCGGGAUCACGGGGUGCUGUCGCCUGCCCGUGCGUUGGAUGCCCAUGUGGCGGCAAGACCUACAUUGCGAAUACGCUCAACAACAGCAUUACAAUCCUCGAGGAUGGCGUAGCGUGGUCGCUGGCCUUGGACGGUUCCCUCAAACUGCCGACGGCGCUCGGCAUCGAUAGCCUCGGAUCGACACUUUACAUCGCCGACACAGGCAACCACUGUAUCCGCUCGGUCGCAUUGGACAGCACAGCGCUAAUCCUGGCCACCGUUGCCGGCACUUGCGACACAUGGGGAUAUAUCGACGGCACACCAUCAUCAACGCUCUUCAACUCACCACAAGGCCUGGCGCUUGACGCUGAUGAUACCAUCUACGUGAGCGACACGGGCAACCACGCGCUUCGAAAGAUCACGUCGAGUCUCGUGACAACUAUUAUCGGCCAGGGCGGCGUGUACGGAUUCCGCGACGGCAGUCAGUAUACCGCCAGACUCCACUCGCCAGCGGGGCUCAUAGUCUACGCACCGUUCCCGAAUGCCCUCGACAUCUUUGUCGUUGACUACAACAACCAGCGCCUGCGCCAAGUGCACCGAGAGCGACAAUAG